AUGGCUAGCACAUCUGGUCAGGUCCAGCAGUCCCCGGCUACCCCGGUUUACAUUUUACGGGGACACGCUGCUCCAAUACACGCACUGCACAUCUUCACACAGAACCUGCGACUGGUGUCUGGAGAUGCUGACGGCUGGGUAGUCAUCUGGGAUCUGGUUACCAAACGGCCAGUAACAGCCUGGAAAGCUCAUGCCGGCGCUGUGCUUGAAGUCAAAGGCUUUAACACUAGCUCUGGACUGACCGAGGUUUACACGCAUGGCCGAGACCACAAACUGUGUGUCUGGAAGCUUCGAGCAGAAGAUGAGACCUUUCUUGACAAGACUCUCCCGGUUGAUAUCGCUCAAUCGAGUGUGUCCGAUACAAGGACACAGCCGUGGUUACUCCAUUCCCUGUCGGUGAAUGCGCUGAACUUUUGCGCCUUUUCAAUGACAUUUAUCGACAUGCCAGCGGCCAACACCUCAGAAAAUAAUCAUCAAGAGCCAAGUGCUAAACGACAGAAUGUUCUUUUCGUUGUGCCGAACGCGCUCGACUCGGGAGGAAUCGAUAUUUUCCACCUUCCAUCCGAGCGUCGACUCACUACGAUCAAAUCCGAUCCUUCAGUCAAAACGGGCAUGCUGAUGGCAGUCAGUAUUUUCAUCUCUCCACUUGGUGAUAUCUUCGUUGCAUCUGCCUUUGAGGAUGGCCAUGUCAUGCUGUUUAUGCAUAAAGGCCCUCUUAACCCAGCCAGUUUCGAGCUGAGCAAUAUCAACUCGACUCCGUGGAAAUGGAAUAAACUCUACGCCAGCCGCCCUCAUACUCAACCCGUUCUAUCGCUCGAUGUGUCUCCAUCGCGUGAUUACUUUAUUUCCUCUUCCGCUGAUGCACUGCUCAUCAAGCACCCAAUUCCUGCUCCUGGCUCUGCGGGUUUUAUCUCCGCUGGGAAUUACAUCGAAGAUAAAGCACUGAAAACUGUGAAUACGAAACACUCAGGUCAGCAGGGACUUCGGAUUCGGAAUGAUGGCAAGGUCUUUGCGACUGCUGGUUGGGACAGUAGGGUUAGAGUAUACUCUGGCAAGACGAUGAAGGAGCUAGCUGUGCUUAAGUGGCAUAAGGAUGGAUGCUACACUGUUGCUUUUGGGGAGGUCAAUUCUCUGACUUCAGAACCCUCCAAUGGGCAAGAGUCUACUACCGAAGAAGAAACACCGCAACGGUCACUCGCGACCGUGCACCAGCAACGAUCGCAAAAGAUACAACAAACUCACUGGCUCGUGGCAGGUUCCAAGGAUGGCAAGAUUUCAUUAUGGGAUAUCUACUGA